AUCACAGUGUCUUUAAUUAAUUUUUAAAAUUAUGAAUCAGCAAUAUAAAAAAAAAUUCCACUCCCCAAAUCACUUUGUUUCCUUCGAACCAGCCGGAGAAGUUUAUAAAAAAGCAAGAGUUAAUUCCAAGUCACCCGAACACUGUCCGACUUUCCGUCUAACGGCAGCUCGGCUCCAGAGUCGCUGAUUCGCUGGCUCCGGUCGGCGUGGGAGGAAGUAGCGACAAAAUUAUAGUCUUCCUUCACGCAACGUCUUUUCUUAAAACUAUUCCUCUAUUUCUUCGGAAAACUCAUAAAAUAUUAACGUAAAAAAUAUACUGUCCAUUGUCGCAAUAUUCUUCGAACUUCUUACCCGGCAAUUUUCUAAGACAACCCUUCUUGCAUUUGUCAUCGCUUCAUUUAUUAUUCACACGCUAUCGGCUAUUGACUUUCUAUAUUCUUCGAAUAGCAGUCGUAUUUUACUUACAAAAUAAUACGCGAACCCCAAAGAAAUAUUAUUUAUAGUGUCUUCGUUUUGACAAAGCGGGAAAUGUCGGGUUUAGAGAUGACAAAUAUCGAAAGCGAUAUUCCGUCGUGCAAACAAUUAUUCAGUAUGGAAUUGUUCGUUAUGAAAUGCGUCGGAUUGGGUUCUUUGGAAAGAGCCUUCGAAGUGAAUAAAAAUGAUAAAAUACGCGCACUUAAAUAUUGGGAAAUUUUUCUUUUUAUCACUAGUGUAUGUCUUUUAUCAACGCUUAUUUACAGUUUGGUAACAUCUUUGCCUUAUUACUUAGGCAAAGAUUUUUCUAUGACAUGUUUUAUUGUUUCUGUUGCUUUUUCUAUGAGCAUGACUACGAUGAAGCUUUUGAGAUUAUGGACAUCUCGGGUAAAGUUUUACCAAAUUUUGGAAAUAGUUAAUAAAAUUUGGGAACAAAAUACUCGAAAAAGAAUUGAUUUAAAAGCUAAAAUAAUAAAAGUUAUCGACGACAAUAAAACUGUAAGAUGUUUGUAUGUAAUAAUUGCUUUAAUAUUGAAUGUUUGCUACUCAUUGCGCCCAUUUAUUAUGUUACUUACCACGUACUUAACAUUGCCGGAAAACGAGACUAUGACUUUCACCGAGCAAGCAUACACCGGGGUGCACUACCCCAUAAGAUCAGACACCGUCGGCAGAUACAUAGUCUUGAUGAUAAUGGAAUUCCAAAUCUCAUAUUUUGGAACCGCGUACUUUAUUCUUGCAGAAUUGUUAUUUGUAUUCUUAACAACGUUACUAACUAUUCAUUUUAUGGUGCUUGCUGAUGAGUAUCUUUCAAUAUUUGAUAUUUAUCAAAAAAAUAAUAAUAAUUUAUCAUCUAUUAAUGAAAUAAUAAAACGUCAUUGUUCAUUACUAUUCGUAUGUCAACAAAUAACGUAUUUGUACAGUCCGAUGGUAAUGGCGACGAUCAUUUUUAAUGGUAUAGAUCUAUGUUGUUCAAUUUUUGCCUUCCAACAAGAUUUUGCCGCAGGUAGAGCGGAAACUUCACUAGCUAAAAAUUUACCCCACGCUUCAAUAUUAAUUUUUCAAAUAAUAAUCUACUGCAAUUGCGCGCACAUUACAACUGAACAGAUAGGAUCAUUGACAGAAGCGACGUACAAUUCGCGUUGGGUUGAAGGAGAUAAAAAAGUUGUUAGAGCUGUUAUUAUUGUAAUGAUUAAUUCUCAAAGAGAGUACAAUUUUACAGCUUACGGUCUUUUUAUUCUAAAUCGCCAGCAAUUGACUCAAAUAUUUAAUACGACAAUGAGUUACUUUGCGUUACUCAGAAAUUUUAUGUAACAAAUUAUAAUUAAUAAAAUUUUUUCAAGUAGCC